AUGGAGGAGAAGAGAGAGGCCAUCGUGCUGCUGCCGUCACAGCAGCCUCACGUGGCAAAGCUCUGGAAUAUCCUACGGCGUCAUGCAUUCGCUCUAGACUUUUCAUCCUUGGGUUCGGGGAAGACAUUCUCGAGCAGCAAGAUCGCCCUUGAGCUCGAGAUGCCCCACGUGGUCGUGAUCUGCCCCGUUUCUGUCCAGCCAAAGUGGCAGGAGAUGCACGAGAAGUAUGGGGUGCCAAUCAAGCACAACCUGAGCUACUGUGGGAUCCGUUCGAUGAAGGGGAAGCAGCCGAAGCACGGGCUUCUGACCCGAAGGGACUACACUGUGGCCGUCCCUCAGCCUCGCGGGGAGCCUCGGCGCGUGGAGAAGACCGACUUUGGGAUCACCAACGCCUUCAGGUCGCUCCUGGCAGAGGGCGUUCUCCUGAUUGCGGACGAGAUGCAGCACCUCAAGAACGUGUCCUCGCAAUUUGCCGCCUGCCAGACACUGAUAAAGGCGAUUAAGGAGUCGUGCGAGGCCGGGGGCCGGUCGAGAGUGCUUAUGCUGUCGGGGAGCCCGAUCGACAAGCAGGAGCAAGCCGUCACCCUGUUCCGUUCCCUGAACGUCAUGCACCAUGCGGAGCUGUGCAAGUUCAAUCCGGGGCUCAGGCAGAUGGAGCUGCGUGGCAUCUCGGACAUCAUCGAGUUCUGCCGGAGCGUCGACCCCGUUGCCACCGAUCGGAUCCUCGCAGCAAAACGCUACUGGAUGUGCUCAGAGUCCGUGAUGCGA